AUGCACUGGUUUACGGCCGGGAUUUUCUUGACUGGAGAGCUAGCUGGUGGUGGAAUGAUUGCUUUGCCUUUGGCCGCCAGGAAUCAAGGUAAAAUACGUUAUUUUGUCGUUUGGUUGAGAAAAAUUUUAAUUUGAAGCUACAAAUUUGUUUUUCAUGACAAUAUUGAUGGAAUGACAAAGAAGGAGGUAACAGAUCUAUUAUUAUAUAUUAUGCAAAGAUUCGGCGCUUUUAUCUUUGGCUACAAAACUUAAUUUCAGGUUUUUAUUUUGGUCUAGCAUCAACCAUAAUAUUGAUGUUUAUGUGCGCCUAUACCUCGAUUAUUUUGGGCCGAACAUGGGUAAUAUUGAUGAGACAUUGGCCUAUGUAUCACCAUCAUACUAAGAAUCCAUAUGCGGAAAUUGGCAGAAGAGCUUUGGGACAUAAUAUGAGGUAAACUUUGACUUUGUUCUUAUUGGUUUAGGUAAUAUUUGAUCGGAUUGGAAUGAUAAAGCUUUUUUUUGACAUUAUUUUGGUCAAAAAAGGACCUCAAAGGAAUAAUAUUGUUUUGAUUAUUGUCUUCCGCAUUUUCUUUUCGAUAUUUUUACUCUUGCAACGCUUUAUAUUAUCAUAGAUACCUAUAUCACUUAAAACUGUCGUAUCUUACUUGAUUUUGUUCUGAUUGGUAUAAAACUUGCUGUAUUGCUGUAUAAUACUAUAGACUGAAUACAAAUUUGGCAAAUUUAAAAAGCUUUAGCAGUUAUAAUAACAUUUUCAGACGAGCAGUGGGUAUAAUAUUGAAUAAUGGAAUGUUCGGGGUUGGAGCUCUAUUUCUUGUCGUGGUAUCGAAAGGUGUCAAUGACAUGCUAAAAACGUUUUGGGCUAUCGAAUUCGAUUAUUGUUAUAUGGUACUAAUAGUCGCUUCGAUAAUAUUGCCCAGUUUUUACUUGAGAUCGCCGGAAAACCUUACGUGAGUUGGAUUUUAUUUAAUAAACUGCAGUAUUUGGGGGUUUUGUAUUGUUUUAGGUAAUUAAAAUGAAGUUUUUUUUAUUUUAGGUUUUAAACUGAUUGUUUUAGGUUUAGAGGUAAAAACGAAUUUUUAGGUAACAAAAAUCUGUAUAAAAACCUUAUUUUAGCUGGAUAAUAAACGCUGGAAGCUUGUGCACAAUAAUGGCCAUAGUUUUUGCUAUGAUUGGUAUAAUAAAAGAUGCUUGGCUUUGCGAUUUGGGCGUAAAACCGGUUGAUUAUUCAGUUUUGCGGGUCGCCGGAGGCUUUGGAACAAUGUUUUUUGCAUAUGGAGGUCAUGCUGUAUUCCCAAUUAUCCAACAUGACAUGAAGAAACCUUAUUUGUUUACCAGAAGCUCUAACAUGGCAUAUACUUGUGAGUUUUGGUGUUGUAAAGAAAGUUCUUGUCAUUUUUUGUUGUGUAAACAAAAUUCUUGUCUUUUGUAAAGUUUGUAUCAAACAUCUUAGUAAUGUAGUCAGGGCCGGGCGGGGACUUUUGGUCUGGGGGCAGGGGUCUAAAAAAUCGGCACAGUUAGCUGUGCCGAUUUUUUGCGAAUUUUUUUUCCGAAAAUCCACAGGGGGACCACGUUCAACUUUUUUCGAAAAUUUUUUUCUGGGGGGGGUGUACCCCUCCCCCCCCCCGUCCCCCCCCCCAUCUGAUAUUAUACAAUCGCGCCCGGCCCUGAAUGUAGUCAUUUUCAGUAGUAGGAUUCAUGUACAUACCGAUAGUCGUAGCUGGCAACCUGGUAUACGGCAACAAUGUUCAACCAUCUAUCAUCAAUAACAUCAACACCCCUUGGAUCCAACAAACGGUCAAUAUCCUCUUUUUCAUGCACUGUGCACUAACUGUCGUGCUGGUAAUGAAUCCAAUGAAUCAACAGGUCGAACAUUUUGGGGGAGCUCCGGCUGGUAAGGGUGUUUUGAAGUUUUAUUGUGAUUCAAAUAAUUCUGUGCUUCUUCUCAAAACAAGUCUUUGGAGUUAGGGGGCACAGAAUUAUUUUAAAAAUUUAAUAUGUUACCCGCCAAGCUAAAAAAGAUGAUUUGGCAAAACUUAGCCCACCCUAUCUAAAAAAAUUUACCCCAACCACUACCUCAUCCUUUCAGAAUUCAGUCUCCGCCGAGUCCUCUGCCGCACUGGAGUCAUGCUGGCCGCUGUGUUUGUGGCCGAAACCUUUCCUCGCUUCGGCCCAUUGAUCGACUUGAUUGGAGGAACCGCGUUCACUGCUACCUCCUUCAUCUUCCCAGUCGUAUUUUACCUUUUUGUGAACGCAAAAGAUAAGAAAAUGAGAGAAAUGGAAGAAGAGGGAGAAGAAGUGGAAUUGGAUGAGAAUGAAGAAAAAACUGUCAGUAUGGGACUCUGGGAGUAGGUUUAGUUUUUAAGUGUUUGUUUGGUUUUUAUGUGUGAAGUGUUGAUUAAUUGGUCGUAUUUUACCACUAUGAUAGGGAAAUGGUUAAAACUUUUUUUACAAAGCAGAAAAUGACAAGAACUUUUUUUACAAACAAAAUAUGGCAAAAACUUUCUUUACAAAUCAGUAAAUGGCAAGAACUUUCUUUACAUUCCAGAAAAAAAAAUUUUAUCUUUUACAGUUUAACUCGUAUUUUACAACGUUUAUGUUCGAAGCCAAGUAAUUAGUACUUAUUUUAGGGCUUGUGGAUACAUAAGUAAGCUUGACAUGGCAGUAUGCUUGUCUAUUGUUGGUAAGUGUUUCUUUGUCAUUUUUAUUGAUUUAAUUGAAGAGGAAGGCCUAAACAUCUUCCGGAAGGUUUUGGCCUACCCCGCUUAGAAUCAGUUUAAAGUUUUUAUAUGAGUUCUUUGUACUACUAAUAGUACUCAUUAAAAGUGUUUACCUCGCGCUUUUGAGUUUUAAAAUUUAUGUAUUUGAGUUUACCGCCAAUUUGGCAAUUUUGGCAUUGUGUUUCAAGCCUUUUCUUGAUUUUCCAGACAAGGUACGCUUACAAAUUUAAGAAUUUAUGUCAUUUUAAAGGUUUUCUACUAGUAUAUUAAAGAAAAAUGAUCAAAAGCCAAAAAAUAACAAUGUUGCAAGCUUUUUUUGAUCUCGAUUUUAUCGAGAUUGACUGCGCGAUUUAGUACUUUGCUGAAGAUCUUAUAUUUACAUGGUCUUAAACAUUAUCAGAGCGGGGCAGGUCGGCCACUUUCCUUGCGAGUUAUUUUAAAAUUUGAAAAUUGGGAUUCUAUUUUUGUUAAGGAUUCUUCACGAAAAUGGAAGUCGUGUUUUCAACUGAAAUUUUUAAUUUUGAGUUUGAAAUGUAAAAUACGAAAUGUUUAUUUGUGAUUGCCCAUUUAUAUAUUUUUUUGAUAUUACGUUUGAUUUUUUUGACGUUAUUUUAUUAAUUUUUUAUUGUUUUAGUUGUGGCAGUCUUGGUCUGCUUCUCAGCCACGGCUUCAGCGUUGGAAGAGCUGAGCUACUCCCAAUUCAUCACCCAAUGUUACCUUAAGUAUAUCUGGCCAUGGCCGGCAUCAGAAUCGACUAAUACUUCAAUCGCUUGUUGUGGAGAUUACAAGAACAUCUCUCCAUAUGAAGGACAAUGUUAUCGUAGCUUGAUUUGA